AUGCGUCGCGGCCACAGGCGGACAAUCACUCAUUAUAACAUAACCACGGAGACACCCCUUGAAAUCCGCGCACUCCGACGGACUACGAUUAUUUCCGCGCCAGCCGCCUGGUACCAGACACUCAUCGCACUCAUACACUACCCACUCUCAAUACUCGUAUUUUGCAUCAUUGCGACACCUGCUCCGAGACUUACACGACGGCAUAGAGGGGAAAGAAAAGCGAGUGAGAGGAUCCAACAGACAAAAGAAAAGAGGAUCAAGACCAGAGGCGCAGGAACCACCCGUGUACCGAGGGCGGGCUACUUGCCCAGCCAGGCACACAGGGCCGACAAAGAGAAAGAGACGCCAGGCAAGUUGGAAGGAAAGACUCUUUGGGAGGGGGCCUCUGCGGCACGCCGCACAUCCAUGACACAUUUGCACAUGCCCUCAACCCACCACGUUCGCGGACACAACCCAUUCCAGCCCCCAAACCUACCUAACCAUUCCCUGUUCCCCCCUCCCCUGAGAGGAGAGCUCAAGCCCAAACACGCACCGGAGCACCACCAUUCUCGCUCGGAGACCCUCGCAGGAGAGAAGAAAAAACCGCUCUGCUGGCAUUUUCUCCCAUCCUCCUACGAGUCAAUUGGUCCCAACAAUCCGGUUCAUCGUUCUUGUCCGUCUCCUUUCGACGCCAAGCAUCAAAGUUAUGGAGCAGAGCCCCGAAGACCAUCAGUCACCGCCAGACGGACAAGCGGCCAACCGCGGGUCCGACGCACUUCCGAGACCGCGUCCGUUGGCUUGCACUCCAUGCCGGCGCCGCAAGGUAAGGGUCCAAUUUCCUGUCCCGGUGGGCUGGUUCGCCCUCGCUCUUUGGAAGGAUGCUGGAUGCCGUUGAUCUUCACGCCUAUCGGCGCGAAUAAUUCAACCCCAGCAUUCAUGAGAGAGAGAGAGCGAGACCGAGCAACUAAAUUAGAUGUGACCACAAGACGCCAAUUUGUUCAAACUGCGUUAGGUAUGGCUUGGAAUGUGCCUGGCCCGAAGGACGACGGUCGUCGGGACGUCGCCAAAGACCCGAAUCACUCGCUGCCUCAUCCUGGCCCUCAACUCACUAGUUGCUGUCGAGGGCCGAUACUCUAUGAAGAUGUAGUUUCGAGACUGGCUCAGAUGGAGAGGCUGGUGGAGGAGCUCCAGAAGCCAGACCAGGGACCAACACCUCCACAGCAAUAUGUUCCGACCGCCAGUGAGGCGGCAAAGGCAAGUGCCUCAAAUGCCUCACCCCUGGCGACGACGUCGUCAAACAACCCAUCGCCCCUGUCCAGGCGUAAGGCUAGUAGUGCAAGCCCAUCUUCCGGAAACCCUGACAACUAUCCAUCGCCGCCAUCAGCAACUUCGUCGGCCUCGACCGGAGCAAGACCGUAUUACAUUGGGGCUCCCGACGAAAGUACGAUAAUCGCAGCAGGUGCUUGCUCCCUACUCUCGCCGCAAGGUCUGGGUCAAAUCGAGCUUCUCAUUGGCGAUUCGAGGUUCAGCAAUGCCUUGAAAGCUAUGCAACCAAAGGUCGUGUAUGGCAAUGUUCAGCCGUAUCUUGAACCUGCCGACACGAACCAUCCUCUACCUCCAAACCAUGUCAUUAUGGAAUGUGUCAACGUGGGUCUCACUAUCACAACGGUGCAGUCACUGAUUCAAUCCAACCUAGAUUUUUUCGUGACCAUGAACACUGGCAUACGACUGUUCCAGGAGCACGAGGUACGAGCAGCUCUCAAGUCUUACUUCCAGGGCCAGCCGCUGGCGGAUCCAGGUUGGCGCAUGGCGGUCAACGUUAUUAUUGCCCAUACCUUACGCAAGAGGAAUGGCAUGCGGAAUAGGGAAGAGUAUCAAAAAUACAUCCACAAUGCGCUGGGAAUGGUACCCAAUAUCAUCUUGCGCACACCAUCGCCUCUGGCGAUUGGGGCAUUACUGUCAACAGUUCUUUACUUCAGCUUCACAUCCGAGAACCAUAUUGCGCUCACCAUCAUGGGUCUCACGGUCCAACUUCUCUUGAUGGCAGGUUAUCAUCGGCCAGAGCCGGACGUGAAUUUUGCGCGCCCUCAACAGCUGAUCCCUACAGAACACCUCCACCGCCGUCGUCUCUUCUGGCACGCAUACGUGAUCGACCACGAUCUUAUGCUGCGGAUCGGAAAGCCUGCCCUCAUUAGCGAUGACUUCCUCCUGGACCUCCCCGAAGAGCACCCCUCCGAUGGGUACAGCAUGUACUACUACCCCAACGACGUGACGCUCAACUUCUUCCUCGAGCAGGUCCGCCUUGCCCAGAUCCAGGGGCGCAUUUCCACGACGUUGUAUUCUCGCAGCGGCCUUCCUGCGGCCGAGCUUGAGGCCGAGAUCCGCCGUCUCGAUAACGAGCUGACAGAAUGGCGUCAGAGUAUCCCUCCGAUGAUCCGCGCCGACAACGUCGAUGCCCUGCUUGACGGCGACUACUCUAGGCUGGUGUGUCUGACGACGUUGCACUUCACCUACUUCCAACUCGUUGUCGCGAUCCAUUCUGCGGCCUUCCGGCUACCCACGCUGGAGGAUCAAGAGGGAGUAGAAGCCGGUGAUAUAGGCCCCAGUCUGGCGCUUUGCGUGAGCGCAUCGCGUGCUGCCAUAUCUCUGCUGAACUACCAUCAGAUCGAGCACCCAUACACGCCCUACCUGCUCUAUCAAAUCGCUUGGAGCGUUGACAUUUUGUUCGUCAAUAUUCUCCAGAACAAAAACAACCCCCGAGCUCGCCGUGAUCUCGACCUAAUUCGCACUGUCAUUUCCUUCUUUGAAAAGUACGACCCGUAUCACCAGAGUGUCAUCUCGUAUCAAAUCAUCAAGGUCAUCGCCGAUGUUGCGGCUACGGUCCUGGCAAACACCCCGACCUUGCCUCCACACAUGCUUCCCGUUCAGCAAGUCCCACUCCCGGCCCCGAGUAUGCCGAUGAUGCCCGGCUCCGCGGGUGCGAUGCAGGGAGUCUUCUCUCCCCAGAUGUCCGGACCAGGAACGGCCCGUAGCGGUAGUAUAAACGGAAGCACCCCCGAUGUCCUCGGUUCCAUGACAAGUCUUUCCAUGGCGGACCAGCAGCAGCAACAACAAACGUCACCAUUCAUGGACUUGUCAACAGGAUUAGCGUCGCCCAAUGACGGUCAGCUCUUCCCUGGAUUUAUGGAUAUGGCCGACUGGAGACUACCGAUGGAUUAUCAGCCAGAGCUGUGGCAAUAUGACAAUCUCCUAGACAAUCGAGGAAUAAGUCUUGGCGUCAUCGGGUCCACUCUCAUGACGGCGGCGGCGGAUCACUUCCGGCCAUCCGGCGGUAACGGCGAUAAGUCCGCAGGCCGUCGCAUUUUGGGCCCACCUUCUCCGAGGCGAAUCAGGGCUAGCCACGAUCGUCAGGCACGCGAGCUUUUACCUAAAACUUCCAUUUGGAAUCACUCAUCCACGGCUUCAAUGACAGAUUUCGCCGAGGUCGCGUGCCGAGAGGAGAGGAACUUGAGAGGCCAGGAAAGAAAGAAGAGGAGGAAAACAAAAAAAAAAGAGGCCAGACGAUGCCCUCCGGGCUCGCGUCGCGACGAAGGAUUGAGCUCGAGAUGUCCGGACGAUGGCCGGAUGGGCGGUGCGCCUCACCGUAGCCCUAAGGCCGUCGAGCGAGAAAGAAGCAUGUGGGAGGACUUGAGAAGCGCAUGCCCAGCACACGGAUCAAAAACACAUGUCUCGCUGGGUGAAACCUACGUCGCCCUACGAACGGGAAUCAAAGCACCCACACUGGAUUCUGGGAGUUUAACCCUUGUCGAUAACGACAGCCCCCUGGCCCGCUCCUCCAAGUUCACACAAUUUUCUCCCAAUGACGUCAGGCGUCCUUUCCGGACUCUUCGGUUUCACGUUUUAAUCUCACAGCCCCCUUUGACCACCAAGCGAACAGAAAAAGUCAAGCCAACCCACGUCCUCUCGUUCGACUUCCCCGUCAACGGGCAUAGGAUAUCCCCUGCACCUCACUCAACUCUCACCUCUUUGAGACCUGCUGAGCAUCCUUCCCGAUCCUGGCAGGUUGAGGACUUUCUCUCUCUCUCUCCGACAAUGGGUUCAGAAACCAAGAAGAAGGCCUCAACCGAGGACAGGAAACGGCGAUCCGACACGAACCCGCCCAAAACACUCAGAGAACGUUUCCUGCACUCCCUCCCCUAUUACACGGGACCCUACGGCGUGGGAUUCCUCGAAAUCGAAGCACCGGUCCGUCAACCGCGCACCUUUUCGGAGCUCAGGCGCCACAACGUCCCGCUGUUGAGGCUCGAUACCGUCCUCUUCGCCGUCUACUACCCGUGCAGCGUAAAGACCCAGACGGACGACCACGCCGCCCCCGAUCAUCACCAUGACCAGCAGCAGCAUUAUCAUCACGGCAAGAAGAAUGGGGAAAAGGCCGGCGGUAUCAAGAAGCCGAAGCUCUCACGGGUCGGAUGGCUCCCGCGUCCGCGGGUCCUCACCUGCAAGGGCUACGCCAAGGAGUUCAGCAUCCCGCAUCUGCCCGUAACGGCCUACAUCGCCGCCACCUCCAUGUUCACCAAACUCCCCGCGCUGAGGAACGCGAAGCUCGCAGAGCAUUGGCCGGAAGAGAUGCUGGGCGACGAAGGUCCGACGGGUCAGACGGCGAGGAACGAGGAGUCGAGCUCGCGCAAGAAGCCAAAGUUCCCAGUCAUCAUCUUCAGCCACGGCCUGGGCGGCUCGAGGAUGAGCUACAGCUCCAUAUGUGGAGAGUUGGCGAGUUACGGCUUCAUUGUUGUGGCAAUCGAGCACAGGGAUGGGAGCGGUGCGAGGACCUAUGUGAACCUCCCGGAACAUCGGGAGGUGUCCGAUAGCGAAUCUUCCUUGGAGACGGUCAAUGCCAAAAAGAUCAAGAACAAGAAGAACGGAAAAGACUCUGGGCAGCACUACUGCGUGGACUAUCUUUUCCCCAAGAAUAACGAGCAGGACACGGCACCGAACAACGAACAGGGCGUUGAUAUGCAGCUACGCGCUGCGCAGAUUGAAAUGAGAAUGACGGAAAUCGAGGAGGCGUUCCGCAUCCUUGGAUAUAUCGACAGUGGUCGCGGGCACGAAGUUGCAGCCAUGAACCUGAGAAAGAAGGGCAAUGUGGCGUCGAGCUCCAAAGGGCUUAUAGGCAUCGUAUGGGAUGACUGGCAAGAUAGGAUGUUUCUCGACAAUGUGACGAUAAUGGGUCACUCGUUUGGCGGAGCAACGACGGUCGAAGCUUUGCGGACCGAGUCGCUUAGCUGGGUUGGUCAAGGCAUCAUUCUUGACGCUUGGGGCCCGGCGACGCCACGCGCAGGAGAGAACCCCAGUCACCGGGUUAAGAAACCGUUGUUGUCGAUCGGAUCGGAAGCCUUUAUGCACUGGCAAGAAAACUUUGACAGACUUGUCGACGUCUGCAACGAGGCCAGGGGCGAGAACGCGCUCACCUGGAUGAUGACGAUCCGGGGGUCAACCCAUCUCUCCCAGACAGACUUUGCAGUUCUGUACUCGACUUGGACAGAUCUGUUCAUGAAGACGUUGGUGAAUCCUCUGCGAGCCAUCUACCUGACAGUAUCACCGUCGCUCGAGUUUUUGAAAAUCACGCUACCUCCGGAGCAGACAAAGUACAACACCUGGGUAGACGAGGAAAUUUUGAAAACAACAGAGCCACCAACAGAACCACUUGCUGUGGUGACGCACGAUCACCGACCGGACGACCAAUGGAUCGCAGUUCGCCUCAAGGUGGACAACGAAGCAACUCUGCGGAUCAAGAGAUGGUUUCGGCACAAGAAUCGGGUCUUGAUGGGGAAAGGCGAUGGAUCGGGCAUGCCUUCGGGACUGAUCAGCUGGGAGAAGGGCAAUGAGGUUUGGAUGCACGUGAGCCCGGACCCUGAGUCCGUGGAGGAGCAAAUGCAACGGAACGAGCGGACGACGAGCCGGAAUGCAGCAUACAAGCGGUUUCUUAUUGCAAGUCGCUUGCAUAUUUGCGUGGAAAAGUUGCGUAUGGUCGCUCAAUUCAGAAACGUGAUUCCAAGAUCAGCAAUUACUGGGCAACAGCUCUGCAGGCUAUCGGGCGGUCGGACGGCCAAGCCAUUGUCGAUCCAAAGACGGGCUGGUAGGGUGCCUUUCGGCUUCAGCAAGAAGGUCCUAGACCUUGCUUAUAAUCAAAGCCUUGGACUAGCUCCAGGGACGCCGAUGAACAGCAAUUUUGAUCGAUUGAGCCAGGGGUUGCCCGGUACGGUGACGUGUGGAGAGCGAUGGUGCCGCGACGAGGGGGACCAGGAUUAUGAAAUCCACAAGAUUGAAUUGUUGUUUGACCACCACGUCCGGCUGUGGAUAACGUGGACGGUAGUGUAG